AUGUGUGUAUUCGUUCAAGAGGUAGUAUGUGGCAGGUGCGAGCAUGAUUAAGGCAAGUCCAUGAUGAUACCGUCGGUGAGUGCGGAAUUCGGCCGGGGCAAGACCAUCGGUGUCCUCGCGUUGGUUGUAGGAUGUUUCGCGAUCCUAUGGCCAAAACUUUUCUAUCCCAUGUUUUCGAGGAGUGGCCCCGAACCACGAGCUUCCCUUGAUCCUGCUCUGCGACCAGACGAGGUCGGACAAAAUCCGCUUCUCGACAUUUGCAAGGCAGUAGCUGCUUCGCAAAAAAUUUCUGCUGAUUUCGAUAACCGGGCGACGCAGUUCUCCACUGCAUGUCAAAGAACAGUGGAGGCUAAUUGUGGCGUGUUCCUCGAUCCUGGAUUAGCUCAGGAAUUCGUGGACUCGCGAAAUAAGAAAGCCCGGGUUCAGCAGAGUACCGCUUUGUGGAACCUCACUACAUGUCUCUCGAGCGUUUACGGUGUCACUCCGAAAAACAUGAAAGCAGAAAUGAACGUUGAGGUCGAGUGGAAAUUGGCAGUAGAACGACAAUGGCGACGGGGAGAGCGAACACCGUACUUGCACCCCGGAAUGAUGAACCCUGCCAUGAGGGAAAAAGGCCAGGUUCCUCAUGGUAUUCACCAUCCUGGCGAUGCUCCGCCAAAACCGUCGGAUUUGUCAGGUAAACCUUCGCUAGGUGGUCCUGGUCAGAUGGUACCUCCACAGCGUCCCGGGGGCACUAUGAGUAUGAUUAUGCCGUUGUACACAAUUGCGAUUGUCGUUUUCUUCGUGUACACCGUCAUGAAGAUAAUGUUCAAGAAAGAUCAGGAUCAGUCUCCGAAAGAUCGCCGACUUGAAGUUCUUGAUCCAGAUCACAGACGACUUAUUCAGGAGUACGAGAGUAGCACUCAUGACUACAUUGAACUCUGGAAAGAACGGAAUGAAAAGGAAGAAACUCCUUUGAAAAUUGAGGAUGUGGAAAUCGAGAAUUUACGCCAACGUUUGGCCGACACUGAGGCGGCAAUGCAGCGCAUGAUGGCCACCAUCUCGACGGUGUCGGAUCGAUUAAUGACCACCGCGAAGAACGCCGACAUCGUUUUGCCGUCUCCCCCUCCCAUCCCGGCGCCGACGACAAGUUCUGAUAAGGUUGAUUGUUUGGCGCUGCUCCUGGGAUCAGUCUUGGCAAGAGCGUUGAUGGGUAUAAUGAAAGAAAUGGACGAGUACCGAGCCAUUUUGACGAAAGAAAAGGAGAAGAACCUCACGAGCAGGCCGAGUUCGGUGGACUCCGGUGUCCAGGAGGGUGAAGACGCUUCGAGACAAGAAGGGGUUGAUGUGGAUGCUGAAGGAGCAACUCAAACUCAGAUCAAGGAUGUUCUCGAAGCAGAUAACUUUACUGAUGCGAACGACAAGCCGACUCCGAAACCGUCUCCUACUCUUUCCAAGAAGCACAUCCACUUCAGCGAAAAUACACAUAUCGGCGUUCGUGAUGUCCAGACGGCGGCUCAGUUCCGUCGAUCCCGUUCGCGUUCUAAGGAACGUCUACUCGAUUUGGACACCACUGACGAUAUGCUCGACACGGGCAACAACGUUUCGAGUAUUAUUUUGGACGCCGCGUUGCGGAGAGAUGCGCAAAUGCUUGUAUCGGAGGCUGAAUGUAGGGCCCUGCCACUGGAAGAACAGAGUGCUUCUGCUGUUGGAGAUUCAGAUGACGUGACCCCUGUGGUGUUGAGCGGAAAAAUGACUAUAUCGUUUUUGGGAGCCUAUGAUGAGGAAGGCGCUGAUGGAACUGAUGGAAACCAGAGAAAUGGUGGACGUUUUGGAGGAGGAGGAGAAGGAGGCGGGCCGAAGUCGUAUUUGCGGGAAGAGUCCGACCCAGGCCCGUACAGGGACAAGGCCUCACGUAGGAGUCGUAAGUGGGCUGGCCAAAAAAAGAUACGGAAGCGGCGAUCGUCUACUCCCACAUCUACACGCUCCUUAGAGGAGGAGGAGUUGUUGGGGGAUGACGAAGAUGGUGGAGGAGGGCGUCAACUACUGUCCGGCGGCGAGGACCACGGGGACGCCUCCAUCAUGGAUAACUUACCAGAGUUGCCCGACGACGAACCGGGUCCUGUCAGCGAAGACCGGGAUGCGGAGGACGGAAAGAGUGCUGGUGAUGAACCCUGGGUCAGUUUGAGAUUAGUACCUAACGUAGUGAUUGUGCAUGUUUGUUGCCGAAAGGACUAA